AUGACUGGUCGAUUUGAUCCCGCAAAACAAAGCGUCAAGAAACGGCCUCCGACAAAAGUUUCAGCUAGAAAUCAAUUCUACGUCAAAAAAAAAACGUGCCUUGCUCAACAGACAAAACGCAUUGAAGAACUUCUGCAAAAAGAAUUCGAUGAAGUUUAUGUUCAUGGUUUGGGCGCUUCACUCAACAAAGCUUUGACAUUAGUCUUAGAACUUCAACGCCGAAGUAAUGGGACCUUGAUGGCGGAUAUUCAAACUUCCACUGUCAAUGUUACCGAUGAUAUUUAUUCGUUAUCCGACGAGGCCGAAGCUGGUGAACGUUCCCGACCUCUUUCGGCAGUUCAUGUUAAACUUUAUAUUGGUGUUCGU